GGCACUGUUCUCCCGAUACAUCUUCCUUCGAACGCCUCUUCGUUCUCAUUUUCCAAGCUCUCUCGCGCCAGUUCGACCUACCAUCGAUCCCGUUCGACGCGAGGAUCGACGCACGGCUUCCAGUGCACGCGAGAUGUCCGUCGUGAUCGUCUAUCGUGAACUUGGUGAACCACUGUAGACCCUUGUUACUCUCCUCUUUUGUUUCCAUCCUUUCUUUUAUACCAAAGGGGCGAAUGUGGUCCAAGUAGUCGCUGUAAAUCGCGAUAUAGCCAUUUCUUUCGUGGUGCGACCAAGCCGAAGGGAUGACCUGACCCAAGAAGUCAACAGUGGUGAUUUCUGCUAGUCCAGUCUGUUGUUUCAAAGUGAUUACAUCUGUCAGCCUAUGAAUGUCGGGUGAAUCGAGACGAAAGACUCGAAGACUUUCCACGAUGACUCGCGUUCUUCCCCUUCGUCGUAAUCUUUUCAAUUAAACUACAACCGUCGUAAUCUUUCUAAUUAAACCACAGCGGUCGUAAAUACGCGACGUUUAAUUUAACGACGGGUAUGUCCGUAAAUUUUGCUGCGAAAUUCUUGGCAUCUCUUCAGGCGUACCUACCGGCGUAAAAAUUUUCGACGAUUAUCGACCGAAGGGAGAGAGAAAGAGAGAGAGAGAAAAGAAAACGAAACCAGUUGCAAUACCAGACAAGUGAAAUACCGUGUAUAAUAAAAUGCACGGCAGGAGAGUGUUGGUCGUGCUGCAAGGUGUCCUUCGGCUGGCAAUGAUUCAUGUUGUCGCUUGAAUCGAGAAGAACGAUCUGGAGAUUGAAUCGCGAAGAGGGAGUAUCGAUGAUCUAUGUUCGCGAAAGAAUAAAGUUCGAAUCCAGCGGGACCUUCCUAUCCCUGAGGAUUAUUUAAAUCUGUCGGUGAAGCUGAUUUAUGUCAUUGUCAGGACCAUGCCUCUCAGAUCGAACGAGUCCUCUUCAAGGGACACCCUCAAUACUGUUGCAACCUCGGAGGAACGGCGUCGGACCGGAAGAUACGUCGCCGGUGGAGCUGUGCUAGCAAUCAUGCUACUCGCUGUGCAUCAUGCACUCUUACGGGAAGCGUCCACCAUAGCUGGUGUCAGCAUACCGGCCAUAAUAAUGGUGUGCUACAUUAUCUGGAUCCUGUAUUCUGCCCACAGGGAUAGACGAAAGGCGUUGCGAUUCGCCACAGCGAUGCAACUGACAGAAGUAAUCAGCGUACCAGCCACUUCCAAUGAGAUGAUCUGCAGAAACGGGACGAGCAAGAACGAGAUACGAAAGGCGGACUCUUCGAAGCUGGCUUACGAUACGCGAGCAUCCCGCGAGAAUCCUGCGUUCUCAUCCAAGGACGAAGCUGCGUGAAAGGAACCACGGAGAACUCGCAUUCUUCGACCGGACUUUCGUUGGUUUUUCACGACGAAUAACGAAUUCUUCGAUAAAUACCUUCCUUCAGCCGCGAAUUCUUCGUCUCAUCUCUUCAGUAAUCACUCGAGCGACGGUUUCUUGCCGGGUGGUUAUUACGUUUUACUGCUAAUAGCAAUAAAUACGUAAGUUCGCAUGAGUAGCGUUGAACGAGUCCCAUUCGAGCGGACAAGUUUCGCAAGAUAGAAUUAUUUGUUUGGUCCGCCGGUGGGAUUAUUUAGCUGCGUGACGCAACGUUUUCGUUGGCGGUAGCGGCGUGUGCACGCCGCCCUUCUUUCGCAAAUAAAUCUAUGCAGUGGCGGAGAUAAAUUUCGAAAAGCGUCGCGAUCGCUUGGGAAAUUUAUUCCGAGCAAUCGCCACGACAAAUCGUUGCGGCUAUUUUGCGGACGAAGCUUCGAGCGUGGAUCGAUUUCGGGGACCUUUUCCUUCGAGAUCUACGGUCGACUUGGAUCCGUUUAUUUCACGAACCACUGUGAUUUUUUAUCCUUAUGGGUGAGAUGCCGUCCAUGCAGAUUGGUUAGAAGGUCCAUGUGUCGGAUUACGAGAUAGAAACCGUGGAAAGGCCAUAUUUCUAUGGUUACUUAAACUCCCAGCUGCUCGUAAAUUACGGUUAUGAAGAGUGACGCGAGAUAUUAGUCGAAAAAUACGAGCUGCGUUUAAUACGACUUAACGAAAGCCUCUUUAUCCUAUCGUUUUUGCUCAUUCUGCUCGAGCGACGGAGCAAAUCGGAGAGCGACGGAUAAAACGACGAACCAUUGUUUUUAAUAAAAAUUCAAUAAAAUCCAACAAGCGUCUAUUUUGUCUAAGAACGAAACCGAUGAAUUAUAACUUGUUCUUGCUGGAUCGCGUAAAAUAUUUUGAUAUUUGUAAAAAACCUUAUAUGAAUAUAUUAUGUGUGUCGUAUGAAACAUUUGAAAAUAUUGUUAGCGCUGUAACGAGACACGGCUAUUUUGACCGCGCUCAUGCAUUUUGAAACCAGACAAUUAGAUAUUCAUUGAAAACAUACACGAUGAUCACAAAUAUAUUUGACAAAUAAAUCUCAACGUAAACGUAGCAUGAAUUUUCAUAGGAUGAAAAUACGAUGACGUUACAUAUAUAAAAUAUAUCAAUCAACGUUUUCUACGGUAACUACCCAAAUACUUUUCUGAGAGGUUGCGAACGUCGAUUCGUUGUGCAGCUGACUUUGAACACAAAACGAGCUCGGGUACAAUGAAUUAAGUGGUAACCACGAGUAUCGUUUCGAACGACCUCCGGCGCUACCGUUUGUUCGUUUCAAUUUCUCACCUGAACAAUAACCGUGGAGGGCCAUUCGUAGCGAAUCGAAAAGAGGGGAGAAGCGAAGGGCGCGUAACACAGGACGAUGAGGAGCGAAGGGCGGCGAAACAAAGCAAUUCAUCGAUGUUCCGGCGCUUAAUAGAUGGCGUUCAUUAAUUAGAAAAAAAUAUAAAGUGACUUUGUAAUUCAUUAGCGAAGCUUUCAGUUGCGAUUCAUCUGCGUCGCGAGCCACCGCCAUAGUUUUUCUCCGUUUUUUUUUUCUUAUCUUUUAAUUAUUUCUUACGCGGUUAAUUAAUCGACCUGCUAAGCGAUUAAGACGAAGAAAACGGACGAGAGAAGGAGAAAAUCUCCGAGAACGAGAAAAGAUCCGAAGGAAGGUGGGAAAAUAAAGAGAAGAAUUUUCACGGCAGAGAAAUAAAAUCCUCCAGCUCGUUAACAAAGGCGUUAACGACGAGGAACACGAUAUGGCGUACCUGACCACCGACGAAACCGCGAUUUCACUCGAAGUCCAGCACCCUGACUCACCGCGGAUUACGUAGUCCCGUAAUUCAGCUACGAUCCUAUUUCGAGAUAAUUUGAUUCGGUAGUACGGUACGAAACACGCGAUCGCAACAUCCAUCUUUCAAUGGUUUCACCGUGAAAAAAGCAUGUCCAUUUCGAUACGCGAACACCGUGAUUAAAUGCUUUUUCGAUUCCUCUCUAUCCUGGCGUCUCUCGAAAUUCCUACUUAUCACGAGUCGUCUAACAAUGAGAAACAAGCAUUGUGAAACGUUUCCAGAACUGCGGUCAUGCGAGCGAAUAAUCGAUUAAGGACCUUUCGCGUUCGUUUCGACGUGUUAACAGGAACUUUCCAAUUGCGUUUGGUGGACGCGGCAAUUUCAAAACAAUUACACUUUUCGAUUACUUUCCAACUUUCUAAUUAAUUCUCGUCGAGAAAUAAUUUUAUUCGCGCGUCAAUUUAUUAUUCGGGAAUCGUUGAUUAUUUCGAAGCUUCAAGACGUCGUUCGUUGCAGUAGACCAUCAUCGUCACGUAAAUGAUCGAGAAUCUAAUUAGCGGAACAAGCAUACGACGUUGUGUCUAUGAUUGUAAUACCACAGGGUGACCUAAUUACAGUUGUUUCGAUCGUGACAAUCCAUCGAAUCGAUAACGAUCGUUUAUUUAAACGAAGCACUCUGAGAGGCAUUGUACGGGGAUGAUUAAAGAUUCUUCGGCCAUUGUAGCUGGUUCGCGGCACGAUUACGAAGAGAAUUCGUAAGUGUUUUCUCGCCGAGUGCGGUGAAGAUCGAUUGAGUCCAAGUUUCGUGGUAUCGGUGUCGUGAUUAACUUGGCUUGUUUCUAGUCGAAAAAGAACUUCCGUAUUGUUGUGGUAAUCAAACUGGCGUAGAUAGGAAAGGGGUUUCUUUUAAACGAGUUGCUCAAGCAGUCCGUUACGACGAAACUUCGAAUUUAUUCGAAGAGAAAGCGCACUCUGGUGGCGUUCACUGUCUCGGGGCAUUGUGCUUCGGGUUAACGAGCACAGAGGCUAAUUUAUGGCAGGGAAGCUAUUUCCCUGCAAGAGAAUUUGUUGACAUCGUAUAUCCUUCGUAUACGUUAUCCAAAAUCUCGUAUCUCAGCCAUGACGUUCCCAAACAAAUCGCGAGAUUCAAUUUCUAAGGUAUUAAAUUAAAGCGUAUUUUGAUUUUCUGCAGAACCUGAUCGUUGAUCCAAGUUAUCUAGGAAACGAUUAAUCGAUCGAGACUUUAUAUAUUUACGCAAGAUGAGAGGGAAAGAGAAAAGGAAUUCGUGAAAGCUAGACAAACAAGUAUACUUCUUUUUAUACUUUUAUAUUUUCUUUCUAGAAAGAGCUAUAUCCGUGUUCUACCUCAAUAAGGAUUGAAAUUUAUAUGAUUUUUGCAAUUUCUCUCGUCCGAUUUGUGUCACGUAGUCGUAGAACGAUUGGAUCUUCGAUGAAAUUGAUUCGUCGAAAUUAAGACUCGAAGAGAAACGUUACUCGAUCUUGGGUGAUCUUUGAAAUCGUUCGAUCGUUUGUUCUACGAAGUUCGAAGAGAAUUUCACGAAUUUCACACGAGUCGAGCGAUACGAGGAAACGAAAUUUAAAAUCACCUGGCCAAAGAAUGGAAGAGGAUUGUGCCACUUGGCUGCAACAUGCUCUAAAAAUUCUGAAAAGAACCAACGAGAGAUUCCCUGAGUCGUUCAUCUAUGGAAGAUCCAGAGAAUACAAAAGUUCGCUUCCCGAAAAAUGUUUCCUACACCGACGUUCCUACAUCCAAGUUACAGUUACCACUUAGUAUAAUCUAAGCAGUUUGCACCUUAUGCAUUUUACGAGAAAUAAAAAGGCGAAAAGUACUAGUGUGUCAACACGUUCACUUCGGAUCCAUUUUUCGUUCCGUACAAUGCUGUGUGCUAGCAAAUAAUUGUCUUGCUUUUUGACAUAUGAAAUGUAAGUUAUAUCCAGGAAAUAAAAUUAAGAUUUUCGUGAUA